UCACAUGUGAGUCUGCGGCGCUGUUUGCCAAAGAGAGCGGCUCUAUUUUUAGGGGAAGGAAUGUACACAGGCCUUGUGGAAAGAGACCAUAACAACAAACAGUGUGCAACACUCUGCCUGCAAAGAGAGAGAGAGAGAGAAGCACAUGCAGUCGCACAGCAUCACCACAACAACGAGGAAAAGAAAGUACAGCAGAAUGCCAAGAUGUCUUUUUUUUUUUUUUUAAUCUGACCUUGUUUUAAAGACGGCACCCUCUGCAGAAAACAACCAAGACGACAAAAACACGAGACAGCAUGGAUCCACCAGCUGCUGAAGUCCUUCACUACAGCGAUGAGGAACAGUCCUCCACCCUGCUUCUGCAGCUGCACAAACUGAGGGCGGAGAGCAUCCUGACAGACGUCAUCCUGUGUGCUGGUCGCACUGAGAUCCCCUGCCACCGUAACGUCCUGGCGUCCAGCAGCGCCUAUUUCCGAGCCAUGUUCUGCAACGGCUUCAGGGAGACGAGACAGACCAAGGUUGAUAUGAAAGGAGUUGGACCUGUCAUUCUGACCAGUAUUGUGGACUAUGUUUACACUGGACUCAUUAGCAUCGGCCUGGAUAAUGUGCUUCAUCUGAUGCAGGCGGCGUCCAUGCUGCAAUUUGGCCGCCUUUUUGAGGCCUGCUCCCGUUUCCUUCAGUCACAGCUGAGACCAGACAACUGCUUGAGCAUGUUCAGACUCUCAGAUCUGAUGAACUGUGACAGUCUGAGAAAAAAGGCAAAAGAGAUGGCCAUGGAGAGCUUCACUGACGUGUCCUCGUCAGAGGACCUGUGUGAACUUUCUUUACAGGAACUAAUGGGGUACCUGGAGGACGACAGCCUUUGCGCUCAGGAGGAGGAGGUCUUUGAGACACUUGUUGCUUGGAUCCGUCAUGAUCCCGUCUCCAGGCGGGGGACCGUAAGCAACCUUUUCAAAAAGGUCCGUCUUCGACAUUUACACCCCACCUACCUCUUCCAGUUCAUUGCAAACGACCCUCUGAUCCAGUCUUCCACCCUCUGCACCGAGAUCAUUGAAUCUGUAAGGCGUCUCAUGUUUUCGAUUGGCACAAGAAGCAUCAGGGACUUUGUGGUCGACUUUAAACCUCUCUGGGCUGCACCACGGCGCUGCAGCCAUGAUGACACCUUGGUGGUGGUUGGAGGAAGGAGGAACAAUGAGCUGACUUCGAGAGAGGCACUGGUCUUCGAUGAGAAGAAGCAGAAGUGGCAGCGGCUCACCAAGCUGCCUGUACGUCUUUACAAAGCCUCCCACGUAGCCCUUCACAGCAUACUGUACGUUCUGGGAGGCCUGACCACAAACACAAGCAGCAGCCAAGUCAGCCGGACGGUGUACACCCUCUCCCUCAAGACCAACCAGUGGAGGACAGCAGAGCCCAUGCUGGAGCCUCGCUUUGCCCAUCAGACCGUCUCCUACCUGCACUUCAUCUUCGUCCUGGGUGGCCUCGGGUCUGAUAGACAGCUGACAGCCGGUGUUGAAAGGUACAACAGUAUGUUCAACCAAUGGGAAGCCGUGGCACCAAUGCCAGAGACGGUGCUGUAUCCUGCGGUCGCCGCUACCAACCAGAGAAUCUACAUGUUUGGAGGACAGGAUGCUACACACGACCCCGUCAGACUGAUACAGGUAUAUCACAUCGGCAGGAACAUGUGGUGUACGAUGGAGAACAGAACAGUGAAGAACGUGUCUGCUCCUGCUGUUGUUCUGGAUGAAAAAAUCUACAUCAUUGGCGGAUACACCAGGCGAGUGAUGGCCUACGACACCGAGGCCAACAGGUUUGUCAAGUGUGCCAACCUGAAGGAGCGGAGGAUGCACCACGCUGCCACCGGCCUCAACAACAAGCUCUACGUCACAGGCGGACGCUACGUCAACGGCCAUGACGCCAUAGAGGACACGGACGCUUUUGAGUGCUUUGACCCAAAGACGGACACUUGGACAUGUAAAGGGAGGCUGCCCUUUAAACUGUUUGACCACGGCUGCCUGACUCUGACAUGCGUCACGCAGAAUUGGAAGAAGUCAUGA